CACAACAUUCCAUGUACAAGCAGAUUACAGAACUAGAAACAAGCCAAAACAUACUCGGCUCAAAGUUCUUUGUUAAAAGCAAGAGCAAGCUAUGGCCUCUACUGCUGAACCAGCACCAUCUACAGUCACUGUUGUGGAAGAAUGGACCAACUCUCUUGGAGAUCUGAUUAUUUCUACCUCUUCUCUGGAACCAUCAACAGAAAAACUGGAAAAUAGCAUUGGAUCGUACUCCCAGAGUAGCUCAAUAGUGAAACUAAAUGGAACCAAGUGUGUGAGCAAGACCAUCCAAACGUUUUUAUUUGCCAAGAAUGAAUUUCGCAAGCAGUUCAUCGACGGUUGUCUGCAGCUGAGCAAAAUUCGUCAUCCCAACUUAGUGCAGCUGUUGGGAGCACAACUGCACAAAGAUGGAACACCACCAGCUCUGAUUUUCGAGUACUUCCCAUUCAAUCUCCAAAACUGUCUGCAAAAAUAUCCCUCCAUUUCAAAGCAUGACAAGUAUUGCAUUCUUUCUGGCAUCUCCAAAGGGCUUCACUAUUUACACUCCAGACCAUCACCAAUAGUACAUGGUAGCCUCAAUGCAAGAAAUGUGAUGCUCACAGCCUCCUUACAAGCAAAGAUUUCUGACCCAGUACGCUUUGGAGCUGAAGUACCAAACUCAGACGAUGCUGCUUACCAACCUCCAGAAGAAGCUCCUGCAACCGGUGGUGACAUCUUCUGUUUUGGCGACCUAAUCAUUCACGUCCUACUUCAACAAAUUCCUCAACUUGAAGCUAAAAAAAGUGACGAAGAUGUAGAACUUAGUGAAGUCCAAAGAAGAAAGAAGUAUAUUGGCUCUCCAGCUGGUGACAGUCAUCAAAGUUUCAAGGAACUAGCAAUCAAAUGUCUUGAUGAUAGUCCGAUGUUGAGACCAACGUCUUUGUCCCUUGUUCGAGAAAUUGAAAAGAUAAUUGCUCCCAUUCAACCAGAGUUUGAGAAUAUACUUGAUAUGCACCAUGCUCUUGAGAAGCUUACACUGAGCAAGGAAACUGUUGAUAGCCUCAACCGCACUAUUCAAGGCAAAGAGGUGGAAAUUGAAGCACUCAAACAGCAGAUGGAACCCUUGAGAAAUGAUCUAACCGCUAAAGACGAGUGCUUACAAGCACAAAUUCUUGAGGUCGAUUCGUACAAGCAGGCACUACAGGGGAAGGAGGCUAGAAUUCGAGCACAUGAAAGUGGCAACAGAGCCAAAGAAGCAUUGAUCAAAGCCAAGGACAGGGAGAUAGCUGCUAAGAAACAAGAUGUAAUAGCUAAAGAAUCCCUGAUACGGGCUUGUCAAAAGCGCAUUGAUUCUUUAGAGCAGCAAGUAUUGGCAUUGCGAAAAGGAGUCGAUGUCCCCCUCUCUCCAAGCACGCCAGUCCACACUCCAAAACCAUUCGCUAGCAGAUCGGUUAGCGGAAGUCCCACACAACCCAACGCACCGGAGAUUGUGAAGGCUGACACCCACGAGGUGUUGUACAGAAAGAACCGAGGAAGGGUGGGACGAAAUGUUGGGAUUUUUAGCGAUGGUCAUGCCUACCAAGAUGCUGUACUUCGCCGGGCAAGUAGUUCCAAAGACUAUGACCCUGUCUUAGCCAACAUACUAGCCCGCCAGCAUCAAAGAAUUGAAGAAGCAGAGGAAAGUAAGAGCUCUGACAAGCCUAACCCUCCACCUGUUCGUCCCAAACGCCCUCGUGCCAACAGUUUGACAAGUGCCGAGUUAGGAAACAUUAUGCACAGAAGAUCAAUUGAUAUCUGAAUUUAACUGUUAAUGCCUUCCCAAUCUUAUUUUAGCUAUGGACUAUAUAUAGACUGUAUAUCUUUUAGAAUAAUCAUGUAUGUAUGUUGUUAUAGAUCUACCACAUUCAUCUCGUGCAUGGCAACAACGAAAUUACCACGUCAUGUAUUUUAUGUUAUCAUCAUGACCAUGCAAUAUUUUUGUCCUAUAAUGGUAGGAAAAUUUUAUUGUGAUAUUAAA